AUGAAUCCACCUUAUAAUACCCGAGACGCUCCCGAGCGGACAAGAAAGUCUCACACCUAUCCGCGCAAUCUGGAUCGCCGACGCCGUCAACCAAGGCGCAAGCGGGAUUCUCAACGAACAACACCUAGGAAACGACAGUCAUUAACCAUAAACUCAUCAGCCUCCUGGUUCGACUAUGGCCGCGACACAAUUCACAUGAUAUCGCAAUUCCGAUCCGAAAUGCCCAGACCAAUAAUAGGCAUUAGCCACAGCGCAGGCGCAGUCCAACUAAUCUUCGCCUCACUAUACAACAAACGUCUCUUCCACUUCCUCAUCCUCAUAGAACCAUUCAUAAUCGAAGGUCCCGCCAAAGGCGGCGGCCUUAUGCCCCUCGAAACAGCCACAAAAAAGCCCGACACAUGGCUCACCCGCGACGAAGCGAUUGAAAAAUCCCCCCACCUCCGAUCAUGGGAUAAACGCACACUGCAGCGCUGGAAAGAAUACGGAUACAGAACUCUUCCAUGCACAAGUUUCCCCUCCGAUACAGAUGGAGUAACAACCACAACAACGAAGCACCAAGAAACAAUGACGUAUACAUCCAUCCAUCCAUCCCCGAAAACCAUCUGUCAGUACCCAACGGAGCAGGAAGGGACGAAUCCAGAGCGACAGAUACAUCGAAUAGAGUCUGUGGCUGCAUCUAAGCUUGUUGCGCAUUUACGACCGAAUACACUUUUUGCUGGGACACAUAUUAGGGCAGCACAGAAGACAGGGACGGGGUUUGGAGGGAGUGGAAGUGGAGCUGCACAUGCUGUUCUUGAGAAGGCGGGGCGUUCUGCACCGUUGGAGAAGGUUGGGGAUACGGCUGAAGCUAUGGGGGUUGGAUUGCACAGGAAGUGGCAGAACGGAAAGAAGAGGAAGCUCGGAUUCAAAAAGAAUGGGGAGAUCUUUCUGUGA